GUACGCCCGCCCGGCGCGGAGAGGAGGCACGGACGCAGGCACGCACUCACGCACGCUCUCCCUUACUAGCGCCGCCGCGGUAGCUCCCGCGUACGCCAGCAGUGCGGUCCCCCCGGCAGAGAUGCUGCGGGUCUGUCAGUUAUCGGGUGUGACUGCCGCCGCCCAGAGCUGUCUCUGUGGAAAGUUUGUCCUACGUCCAUUACGACCAUGCCGUAGAUACUCUACUUCAGGCAGUUCUAGGUUGUCUCCUGGCAAAAUUGCGGGAGCUGGCCUUUUGUUUGUUGGUGGAGGUAUUGGUGGCACUAUCCUGUAUGCAAAAUGGGAUUCCCAUUUUCGGGAAAGUGUAGAGAAAACCAUACCUUACUCAGACAAACUCUUUGAGAUGGUUCUUGGUUCCCCACCUUAUCCUGUUCCAUUGCCAAAGAAGCCGAGUGAGUCUGGUCCACUAAAAAUCUCUAGUGUAUCAGAGGUAAUGAAAGAGUCUAAACAGCCUGCCUCUCAAGUACAAAAACAGAAGGGAGACAUUCCAGCUUCAACAACAGGACCUACAGCGGCAGCUCAAAUUAUUUCUGCAGCAGGUGAUACACCGUCAGUCCCAGCCCCUGCAGUUCAACACGAGGAAUCUGUAAAAACUGAUCACCCUGGAACUGAAGGAAAAUCCAAGCCUACAGCUUCAGAGGAAGCAUCCUCAACUUCUGUACGGGAGCGACCACCCGAAGAAGUUGCAGCUCGCCUUGCACAACAGGAAAAGCAAGAACAAGUUAAGAUUGAGUCGGUAGCUAAGAGCUUAGAAGAUGCUCUGAGCCAAACUGCUCGCAUCACUCAACAGGCCAUCAUAGCCCAGAAUGCCGCGGUGCAGGCCGUCAGCGCACACGCCAGCAUAUUGAAGGCAGCCAUGGACAAUUCUGAGGUUGCAGGUGAGAAGAAGGCGGCUCAGUGGCGCACGGUGGAGGGUGCAUUGAAAGAGCGCAGAAAGGCAGUCGACGAGGCUGCUGAUGCCCUUCUCAAAGCCAAAGAAGAGCUAGAGAAGAUGAAAGGUGCAAUUGAAAAUGCAAAGAAAGAAGAGGUUGCUGGGGCCAAAUCUCAUAUCACUGCUGCAGAGGGGAAACUUCACAACAUGAUAGUUGAUCUGGAUAAUGUGGUCCAAAAGGUCCAAGCAGCUCAGUCUGAGGCUAAGGUUGUGUCUCAGUAUCAUGAACUCGUGGUCCAAGCCCGGGAUGACUUUAAACGAGAACUGGACAGUAUUACUCCAGAAGUCUUGCCAGGGUGGAAAGGGAUGAGUAUUUCUGACCUAGCCGACAAGCUGUCUACCGAUGAUCUGAACUCCCUGAUUGCUCAUGCACAUCGCCGCAUUGACCAACUAAACAGAGAGCUAGCAGAACAGAAGGCCACAGAGAAGCAGCACAUUGCAUUAGCCCUGGAAAAACAAAAGCUGGAAGAAAAGCGGGCAUUUGACUCUGCGGUGGCAAAAGCGUUAGAACAUCACAGAAGUGAGAUACAGGCUGAACAGGACAGAAAGGUAGAGGAAGUCAGAGAUGCCAUGGAGAAUGAAAUGAGAACCCAGCUUCGCCGACAGGCUGCUGCCCACACUGAUCACUUACGCGAUGUCCUUAGGGUACAAGAACAGGAACUCAAAUAUGAAUAUGAACAGGACCUGUCUGAGAAACUCGCCGAACAGGAAUUACAGUUUCGUCGCCUCAGUCAAGAGCAAAUUGACAACUUUACUCUGGAUAUAAACACUGCCUAUGCUAGACUAAGAGGAAUCGAACAGGCUGUUCAGAGUCAUGCAGUUGCUGAGGAGGAGGCCAGAAAAGCCCACCAACUGUGGCUCUCGGUGGAGGCAUUAAAGUACAGCAUGAAGACCGCGUCUGCAGACCUGCCCACUGUUCCACUGGGUAGUGCAGUUGAGGCCAUCAGAGUCAACUGUUCUGAUAGUGAAUUUGCCCAAGCUUUAACUGCAGCUAUCCCUCCAGAGUCCCUGACCCGUGGGGUGUACAGCGAAGAGACCCUUAGAGUCCGUUUCUAUGCUGUUCAAAAACUGGCCCGAAGGGUAGCAAUGAUUGAUGAAACCAGAAAUAGCUUAUACCAGUACUUCCUCUCCUACUUGCAGUCCUUGCUCUUAUUCCCACCUCAGCAACUGAAGCCACCAGCGGAGCUCUGCCCUGAGGACAUAAACACGUUUAAAUUACUGUCCUAUGCCUCCUAUUGCAUUGAGCAUGGUGAUCUGGAGCUGGCAGCAAAGUUUGUCAACCAGCUGAAAGGGGAGUCCCGACGAGUGGCCCAGGACUGGCUGAAGGAGGCCCGAAUGACCCUAGAAACCAAACAGAUAGUGGAAAUCCUGACAGCAUACGCCAGUGCCGUAGGAAUAGGAACCACUCAAGUGCAGCAAGAGUUCUGGAAAAAAGCAGCCUCCAAGUCCCAAAUGAGUUGUCCCAUCAGUUUUAAAGUAACUUGCUUGAACUCAGUGCAGAAGAACAGAUAAUUUGAGUUAUACAUAAAUGGGAAAUAAAAAGGAUUAUCAGGCAAAUCACUCUUCAUCAGGUCCAGUGGUCACCAUUUCCCCGAACCAAAGCUCAGCUUCCCUGGUUUGGCCCCCCUGAUGCAUUUAGGGGUCCUGAGGUCAGCAGGAGAACCUAAGAAUGGUUGGGGGAUGGAGAGAAAGAGGGUUUACUUGGCCACUCUACCAUUGCGUAUGGGUAGGUGAUGUGGUUUCACUGCCUUCUAAGUUCAAGCUAGCUGUAUGGACACUGCCCCGGAUCUUUAGGAAGAGGAAGGAGUUCUGGAGGGGUUAUGAGGCAAGAGCCAGCGGAGAAGUGCCAUUGUUGUAAGAACAAAUCCCACUGUCACUGGUGGCAAAGUUUAGGUUUCCCUGGGAAUAAAUUCUAUCAAGACCUUGA